AUGGGAUUUGAGUGGUCACCCUGUGCUGUUACUCAAUUUUCUCUUCUCCAGAUCAACAGCUACGUUCCGCUUUACGUAGACGUGGAGAAACCGGCCAGCAAAUCGAGCACCUUCUCCGUGUACCUCUUCGAGACCGUCCGCCGCGAGGUGAACAUCACGCUGCCGAUCCACUUCCGCUAUCACGAUCCGUCCGAGAGAAAAUUCGAACGCAUCCAAAUCGAGAGUCCCUCGCUGCACUUGCAGUGCAACCGCGGUGUCAACGGGAAGGCCCAACCGCUGAAGGGGUCGGAAACGCACCGGUUUCCGUGUGCCAGCAGUGCCCAGAUCUACGACUACGACAAGCUGGACCGGGCCGAGCACUGCGACUGGCAGGAGGUGGAGUUUAGCAAUGUCCCCACGGUCAUCAGCGUGCUCAUCCCGGUGGGUAACAGCGCCUCGUACCGGUUCGUGCUGCCGGCCACCAUCCUGGUCAGCUGGAUCGGCAGCAUCUAUUUGAUCUACAUUAUCGUUAAGUCAGGCAAGCGCGUCAACAAGAAACUUUUGUAACCUCUUUUGAUCUCAGCAAAUAAAACACAACGAAUGCGGGUUAACAUUCGUCACGAAACGG